AUGGACGAGUCGGCUCCCAGCGCGCAGCUCUACGGCCACGCGCACGCGCACCACCACCGGAGCAAGCGCGCCUCGCCGGCUGCGGUCGCGGACGAGGACGGGGACGCGUCCCCAAAGGGGACGCGGUACCGCGGCGUGCGGCGCAGACCGUGGGGCCGGUUCGCGGCGGAGAUCCGGGACCCCAUGUCCAAGGAGCGGCGGUGGCUCGGCACGUUCGACACCGCUGAGCAGGCCGCAUGCGCCUACGACGUCGCGGCGCGCGCCAUGCGUGGCAACAAGGCGCGCACCAACUUCCCCGUCCACGCCACCGCGGGAUACUGGCCGUGGGGCGCGCCGCAGCAGGCAGCGGGUGGUGCGCACCCGCUCAACCCCUUCCUCCUGCACAACCUCCUCAUGAGCUCCUCCCACCACGGCUGCCGCCUGCUGCACCACGCCGGCCACGCCCACGCCCACUCCGCUCCGACGCGAGCACCGCCCCCGCCACCAGUUCCCGCUGCUUCGGCGUCCAGUGCCAUGAGCACGCCCGCCAUGGCGGCGAUGUCCGCGGACCCCUCUUAUCCGGGAGUAUUGGACGAGGAUGUAGACGACUGGGGCGGCCUCCUUCCGAGCGAGCCGGCGGACGCAGGGUUGCUGCAGGACGCGCUGCAUGGCUUCUACCCUUGCUCGCGUCUGCGCUGCGGCGACGGCCGCAAGCUGGGCUCCAACGCCGACGCCGACGCCCGGGCCGCCGCGGCGGUGCUGAUGAAGCAGGAGAGGCACGAGGCGUUCGUCGUGGCAUCCCCUUGCGCCGACGUCGACGUCGACGAGGAGGGCGAGUACCCGAUGAUGCCGCAGGGCCUGCUCGAGGACGUGGUCCAUUUCCCGGCGUUCGUCGGGGUCGUGGCCGCGCCGUCCGCCGCCACGCGCCACGGUCAUAGGGGCUGA